AUGACUCGCGUUUCCAAAGGUCGUGGAAGACCAGCUGCAGAAGCCACAUCUGCCAAAAGAUUUAAGCUGAACGACGAAAUGGGUGCUGACACUGUCCGCUUUAAGAAAUUGGAAAAAUCUCUAGAGAACGCUAUAAGACGUAUUUCUCAUUUGGAGAACCAGUUGAAAGCGGUUCAAGUCGACAAUGAUAAAUUGAAGAUGGUACACAGGUAA